UCGAGGUGUACUGCGUGCGCAUAACUCAAUUUCUCAAGAUGGCGGUGGAGGUUGCGUUGAAAGGUAACCAAGAGGAAAGAGAGGAUGGUCAAACAGAGAAUGUGGCUGAAAAUGAAGAAGAGGAAAUGGCCAAUGAACCUGAUAUAAUGGAAAAAGAUACAAAAGAAGAAGCGAAAGAAUCCGAUGAUAAAAAGAAAAAGAAGAAAAAGAAAAAGAAAAAGAAGACUAGAACUCAACAAGAAACAAAGGGGGCGUCUGAGAGACCAGGGAUGGUAGACGAUGGACCAGAAAUUGAAUACGUCCCAGAGAACGUCCAGAUUCCAGUUGGUGAUCCAAACUAUGCCGCAUUUGCAAAGAUUUUUGAAGCCUUCAAGCUUGCAGACACGGUCUCAGCCAAAGAUAUCAAACAAGAAAUAAAGAAGGAAGAAGCGGCACCGGUAAAGAGGAUUGAAGAAAAGGACCCAAUUUUGGAAGAAGAUGAAAUUGAAAGGGGUGAUGAUGAGCCAAAGAAAUCGAAGAAGAAACUUAAAAGGGAGAGCAGGUUAACAGUUGCUCAACUAAAGCAGCUAGUCCACCGUCCUGAUGUUGUCGAAAUGCAUGACGUCAACGCCAAAGAUCCCCGCCUUCUUGUUUACCUCAAGGCAUACAGGAACACUGUUCCAGUUCCACGGCACUGGUGCUUUAAGAGAAAAUACCUUCAGGGAAAAAGAGGUUUUGUUAAGCCUCCAUUUGAACUACCAGAGUUUAUCAAGAACACGGGCAUUAUGGAAAUGAGAGCUGCGAUGCAGGAAAAGGAAGAUGCAAAAAAUAUGAAAGCCAAACAGAGAGCCAAGGUCAGACCAAAGCUUGGAAAAGUUGACAUUGAUUAUCAGAAGUUGCAUGAUGCUUUCUUCAAAUACCAAACGAAACCAAAGAUGACAAUGCAUGGCGAUCUUUAUUAUGAGGGAAAAGAAUUUGAAACGAAGCUGAAGGAAAAGAAACCAGGAGAUUUAUCCGAUGAAUUAAGAACCGCCCUCGGAAUGCCUGUUGGACCGGGAAAGCAUUUGAUACCACCCCCGUGGCUGAUUGCCAUGCAGCGUUAUGGACCGCCACCGUCCUACCCAAACUUGAAGAUUCCCGGCCUCAAUGCUGCAAUCCCGGAGGGAGCCUCGUUUGGUUACCACGCUGGUGGAUGGGGCAAACCUCCUGUCGAUGAGCACGGUAAACCGCUAUAUGGUGACGUAUUUGGAACGCAGCCCCAAGAAGUCCCAAUUGUUGUCGACGAUGAUGAAAUAGACCGGACACCUUGGGGUGAACUUGAAUCGGACGAGGAGUCGGAAGAAUCUGAGGAGGAAGAUGAGGAAGAAGAGGACCAUACUGGUCUAAUAACACCAGGAGAUGCUGGUCUUAUUACACCGAGUGGCAUAUCAUCGAUACCGGCUGGCCUAGAAACGCCAGAUAUAAUCGAACUAAGAAAGCGAAAAGAAAUCGAAGAUCUAAUGGAAGCAGGCAGUGAAACACCGUCCCUGUUUACAAUUUUGCACGAGAAGAAAGCAAAUGUUGGUGCUGCAAUGAUGGGAUCCGCUCAUGUUUACGAUUUAAAUCUGCCUGGAGGAAAAAAGACUGCUCCGGGAGAAGGCGUCGAAAUUGCUUUGGAUCCGAGCGAACUGGAACUCGACCCAGCUGCAAUGUCGGCUAAAUAUGACGAAACGAUAAAAGAGCGGGAGAAAAUCAAAGAGAAGGAGGAUCUCAGUGAUAUGGUUGCGGAACAUGCAGCUAAAAAGAAACGAAAGAAACCAACCGACAGUGGAAAGGCAGCAAAGAAGUACAAGGAAUUCAAAUUCUGAUGCUUGUUAGCUGUUUGUAAUUGAAACAGUGUAGGUGGGAAAGAAUAAAAGGUUUUUUGUAUGUAGAUUAUUAUUUGAUUACGAAAUCUGCUUAAUUUUAAGGAUUUCAUAUAUGUUUUACUCUUUUGUUGA